CACAGGGCAUUUAUGGCAAAGGAGACGUAAGUCGUGCAGCGAAAUUCACGCGAAUGAGCAUUUGCCACGCUACAAAAAGUGUGAAGGAAGAGUUUGGGGAUGGGGAGGAGUACAAAUCUGGACGUGCCCGUACAUGAAUGAAAAGCACGCACUAUCUCUCUGUCCUCUGUUUUGGCUUCACCGCCGUUCCCAGUUUCCGUUCCCUGAUAUUAUUUGGUUCAUCAAUCUCCGAUUUCCCAUACCGUUGAAAUUAACAUCACCGACACAAUGAACCUACCCCCUGAGGAAGCUCAUCUUCGAUUACUCUGCGCCCUCUCCAAAUCCAUUCAUCACCCUCUUCUCCAUCUCCGCCUCUUGUUUCUGUUUGUUCCUACCUAAGCUUAAACUUCGAUGAAUCCUUUUUUCUCGAGUUCGGCGCCUACUCUCAGUCUUCUGUUUCUUGUUUCUUUUAAAAAAAAUACGGAACCAAGAACUUCAAUUCCCUCGGCGGUUGAGAUUCGGAAUUUUUUUAUUUAAAAAUGUUUUCUGAAUCUAUGCUCCGUCUUUUAACAGAAGACCUGCUUAUACGAAUUCUUGACAAGCUCGGCUCCGACGCGGAUCGGAAAUCAUGGCGGCUUGUUUGCAAGGAGUUCCUUCGUCUUGAAUCGCUGACCAGGCGAAAAGUGCGGAUCCUCCGUAUUGAGUUCUUGCUUGGGUUGCUUCGAAAGUACUGCAACAUUGAGACACUGGACCUCUCCGUAUGCCCGCGGAUCGACGAUGGAGCCGUUUCAGUGUUGCUGACUCAUGGUUCACUAAAUUGGACCGAAGGACUGAGAAGGCUGGUGCUCUGUCGGGCAACUGGGUUGGGGUAUAGAGGGUUGGAGCUGUUAAUUCGGGCAUGCCCUUUGCUUGAGGCCAUUGAUGUUUCCCAUUGUUGGGGAUUUGGGGACAGAGAAGCAGCUGCGCUUUCGUACACAACGAGGUUGAGGGAGCUGAAGAUGGACAAGUGCUUGGGGCUGACUGAUGUUGGUUUGGCAAUGAUAGCUGUUGCUUGUAGCAAUUUGAAGAGCCUGAGUUUGAAGUGGUGCUUUGAGAUUUCUGAUCUGGGCAUUGAUCUUCUUUGUAAAAAAUGCUUAGAUUUGGAGAUUCUCGAUAUUUCAUAUUUGAAGGUGACAAGCGAAUCCUUGCAAUCAAUUGCUUCUCUGUCAAAGCUGGAGCUUUUGGUCAUGGUUGGCUGCACUUUUGUUGAUGACGUUGGACUGCGGUUUCUUGAAAAAGGAUGCCCGCUUCUUAAGGCAAUUGAUGUAUCAAGGUGUGAUUUUGUAAGUUUGUCUGCUUUGGCAUCCAUAGUAAGUGGACAUAGCAGUCUUGCGCAGAUAGAUGCAGGCUAUUGCUUCUUGGAGCUUUCAUUAUCCCUUGUUGAGUGCUUGAAGAAUUUAAAGAACUUGACCUUGAUUAGAAUCGAUGGUGUUCAAGUUUCUGACCUUGCCCUCCAGAUCAUUGGCACCAGCUGCAAGUCUCUGUUGGAAAUUGGUUUAAGCAAAUGUAUCGGAGUCACCAACAUGGGAAUCAUGCAGCUAGUGUCUGGCUGUGGUAAAUUGAAAAUUCUCAACUUGACAUGUUGUCGAUUCAUCACUGAUGUUGCUAUCUCUGCUAUAGCAGACUCUUGCCCCCACCUCAUCUGUCUGAAGUUAGAGUCAUGUGAUAUGGUGACUGAGAAGAGCUUUUAUGAUCUUGGAUCCCGAUGUUUGCUACUAGAGGAACUUGAUCUUACUGAGUGCUCCGGGAUCAAUGAUAGAGCACUCAAAUAUCUAUCCAGAUGUUCUGAACUCUUGACAUUGAAGUUAGGUUUAUGCACCAACAUAUCAGACGUAGGAUUGGCAUAUAUCGGGUGUAACUUCCCUAAGCUGGCUGAACUUGAUCUCUACCGCUGCGCAUGUAUUGGAGAUGAUGGGCUGGCAGCACUCGCUGGAGGUUGCAAGGGACUGAUAAAGCUCAACGUGUCAUACUGCAAUAGAAUUACAGAGGGGAUCGAAUACAUUAGUUAUCUAGGUGAACUGUCUGAACUGGAGAUGCGCCGGCUGGUGAAUAUCACUAGUAUUGGUAUAAGGAAAGUUGCAGUCAACUGCAAAAGACUGGCAGAUCUGGAUUUGAAACAUUGCGAAAAAAUUGGUGAUCCAGGCUUCUGGGCCAUUGCUUUUCACUCACACAACUUGAGACAGAUAAAUAUGAGCUACUGUGCUGUUUCGGACGUGGUUUUGUGCCUUCUCAUGGGGAACCUGAAGCGGCUGCAGGAAGCGAAAUUGGUUAAUAUUGCUGAAGCUACCGUGAAAGGAUUGGAACUUGGCCUUAGAGCCAGUUGCGGUCGGAUUAAAAAGGUGAAACUGCAGUCAUCUCUCAGGUUUUUGCUCUCUUCGGAAAUACUGGACUUACUGCACUUACGAGGGUGCAAGAUCAGAUGGGAUUAGCAUUUCUUUCCGUGGCAAGUUAACAAGACUUUCUUUUAUGUUUUCUUUUUUCCCGAAACUGAUGUUGCUUAAUGAUUACUUCAAGACUAUUCCAGAAUGUGAACCAAGCCUCUUUCAAAAUUUAAACAACGCUUAUUGAAGCAGGAUCAAGAACA